AUGACACGCUACAGCGAGCACACAGCAGGCUCCUGGACUGACUCUAAAGUGCUGCGUCCUCACUGCCAGGCCCCGCCUUCAGGAGCCGCUCCAGGUCGGUCCGAGACCGAAGGAGCCAUGAGACUGAAAGACAAGAUACCAGAAUAUAGUAAGGGGGGGUGCCAGUCUCAGACACACUUUCGCAGCGUUGCGGCGUGCUGUGGCGGAGGCCCCGGGGUCGUGCUGAUCGGGUUGCCAGAGCCUAAGAGGGUGAGGAGCGCCGCAGGAGGAGCCCCUGGACCGCGCCCCUCUGAGACCCCACUAAGGCUUCCUCCUCUUCCCUCCUCACCCUCCUCACCCCUCCUCUCCCCUCCUCUCCCCUCUCCUCUCCCCUCUCCUCUCCCCUCCUCACCCCUCUCCUCUCCCCUCUCCUCCCCUCUCCUCACCCCUCGCCCCUCGGCUACAGUGAGGAGCUCAGCGGGGGUCCGUUUUCUCCAUCGGCUCUUCUCGUUCAUGACCUCCUCUGGGUUUUAA